CUCCUUUGUAGCAACCUUUCAAAAGUCGUUAUUAUUUUCAUUUUUAGAAACAAAAAACAGUAUAAAAAAAGCAAAAUGUCGACUUACACUUACUUAUCGAAUGACAAUGACAACGGAGCACGAAGAAUGAGGUUGUUUGGCCGCGAGAGGCCAAUCUAUGAAAUACUCGGAGGUGGAAAAGCUGCAAAUAUUUUAUUAUGGAGAGACAAAGCGGUAUCAGGUGCGGUUUUUAUGGGGGUCAUGGCAUUAUGGUUUCUUUUUGAGGUUGCGGAGUAUAACCUUGUGACAUUUCUUUGUCACUUGACCAUCACUGUCAUGCUUGUUAUAUUUAUUUGGUCGAAUGGAGCCAAAGCCUUCAAAUGGACUCCUCCCGAAAUCCCCAAGUUCCUAUUGGAGGAAUCUAUGUUAUGCAAAGAUAUAUGUGAAAAACUCAACGUCUUCUUGUCGUGGCUUAUCAACAUUGCUUGUGGAAACGACAUUAAACUCUUUUGUUUGGUGAUUCUCGUUGUUUCAAUGCUUUCAACGAUUGGGAAAUACAUCACCGCAUCAAAUCUUCUGUUCAUUGGGAUCGUGUGCAUGGGGACACUACCGUAUUUAUAUGAGAGGCAUGAGGAAAAGACUGAUGCAAUAAGUUAA